AUGACUGAGAAAUUGAAAAACUCAAACAGCACGUCGGAGGGGCGGAACAACGGGCUGCAGCCUCGGAGACUGCUGCUGAGUCAGCCGUGGGGCCGGGUCCGGGCUCUGGUGCAACAGGUCCGGACCUUGGAAGAGCACAUCGAUGAUCUUGACAAUCGGGGCCAUCGAAAAAAUAUUCGGAUGUCUCACCUGGUACCACUCCCUAUUCCCUGCCCUGUACAACUUGGUUCAAUGAAAGCUGAUACAUCAGGGUCGCAGUUGCAUCAGUUUGUUAGAGAGGGCAACCACACCAAAGUGAAAAAAGUCCUAAAGAAAGGUGCUGCAGUAGACACUAGAAAUAAUUUGGGGCAGACUCCGCUAUUUAUAGCUGCUUUGCUGGACCUUGUCAAAGUUGUUGAUGUUUUAUUGGAGUUUGGAGCAAAUCCUAACCACCGGUGUGAGGAUCGGAGUACUCCAGUACAUGCAGCAGCUUUUUCCUGCAAUCAGUGGAUUCUCAGUAAGUUACUGGAUGCUGGAGGUGAUCUGCGUCUGAAUGAUAAAGAUGGAAGAAUACCCCGUACCUGGGCCAAGUCAGCUGGCAAGGAACGUAGUACUCGGAUCCUGGAGUUCAUGCAGAGAUGUGCUUUACACAUGCAGGGAAUCACACAACAGAUUGUCUGCAGUAACACACAUCGAGUUGGCUGUUCAUCACAAGCCCUGAUACGGAACCCUUCCAUACUCAACAAAAUCACUUUGGGGAACAAAGACAUGGAGUUUCUCAACAUCUCUAAAGAUAAAAGUAUUUCAUCACAGAGAGUUCAGUGCUUUGGAUUUGGGAAGUUCUGUCUACAUGGACCAGCACAGUUAGCUUACCUUGCUUCCAUCCCAAUUGUUAAUGAAAAGGAAUUGGUGCAGGCAGAUGAUGAACCAACUUUUUCAUAUACAAAUGGACCUUACACAACAAUGACCAAUUUAACAUGGAAUGGAAUUCGGGUCACUGUGAAACACAUGAAUCUUCCCACCCAUCAAAACUGCAGCAAACGAUUGUCGGCUGAUUUACUGAUUGCAGAGCAAGAGUACUGCAGUCAACUUCGGCACCCAAACUUCCUGAUGCUGAUGGCUGUGUGCCAGAUGUCUGAUCUGGAUCAGAUUCGUUUAGUGUAUGAGAGAGUUAAUCUUGGUUCCCUUUAUGGAGUAUUGCAUGAGAGGCGUUCAGAAUUCCCAGUCUUGCUCAUGGAGACGAUUGUACAAAUAAUUCUACAGAUUACUGAUGCUGUGCUUUUCCUUCACUCACGGGGCUACAUCCAUCGAGCAAUCACCUCUCAUGCUGUGCAGCUUAUUUUGCCUAGCAUUGCCAAAUUAAGCAACUUCGAAUUCAUGAUUGAAAGCAUUGAUGGAGGCACGCACAGCAAUCUCUCACAAUUCCCUAUCCCAUCACAGUUUUACAACUGGCUAGCACCAGAAAUAAUUCGGGGCAAGCCUGCCACUUUCAAGUCAGAUGUCUACAGCAUUUGUACACUUAUUCAGGAACUGCUUACAGAUAUAGUUCCCUGGGAAGACCUGGAUGGAUUUGCAGUGAAGGAAUUAAUAGCAGCAGGACGAUAUUUAACCGUGGAUGAACAAGUUCCUAAGCCAUACUAUGACAUAGUGCAAACUGGGAUUCAACCAAAGCCAAAGAAUCGGACUAUGAACCUUCAAGAUAUCCGCUUUAUUCUCCGGAAUGACAUCAAGGAUAUAAUUAGCAAUCAGCAGAAAUAUACCCUUGAAAAAGUCCAAUCCAAAGUGGAGAGCUUAUAUGAUGAUAUCGAUAUGUCUGUGGCAGCCAGCUCAGAUGAUGCAGACUUCAGGAAAGAGCAGAUACAAGUUCAGGAGGUGAAUGCCAGCAAAGGAAGAAAACCUGAACAUGUAAAAGAAGCCCAGAUCACAGCAGAGAAUGAUCAUUCCUAUUACAACUUGGGUCGGAGCACUAGCCUCAGUCCAAAGAAAGAAAGUGAACUAGCUGGUGAAGUCAUAGAUUUGAACACUGAAUCAUCACAACAGAUUACGGUUCUGUAUGAUUGUUGGAGAACAGAGCAAAAUCAAACUGAAGAUACUGCAAUGUCUGGAAUCCAGGCAAAGGUUUGUGACAAAGAUAAACUUAGUAAAGUCCCAUGGAACGAGUUUGAACAGGCCUAUGGCAUUGGCCGAGCUGAAAGCCAACGAGCCAAACAUGAAACUGAUGUUCUCGAACAAUUACAUGAACUAGACCUUGCAUUAGAACAAGAAAUGUAUGGUACAUCUGACAGUCAACCAGCAGAUGAUGAUUUAGAGACAAGUCUGUUACACUACGAUAGCACAGGGGAGAAUUCUGAGGAAGAUAGCAGUGUAUGCUUGCAAACAACAACAGAAUAUGCAUCAGAUGAGGAAAAUGAACAGUUUGAGUCUCGUGAAAGGUCAGGAGUGGAAGAUUUAGCCAGUGAUCAAGAAAAACAAAGUGUGAUCGCCUCACGUGCAUUGAGCAACAGAGUACUGGAGGAAGAGAAGAACUCUGCGACUAAUAUGUCAAUCCAGCACUCAAUCAGCAGUUGUGCGAUUAACAUUCAAACAUCAAAACAUCUACUGCAACAAGCUUUCAGUGCCCUUGAUCACAUUAAAAGAGGAUACAAACCUGAAGUAAACAAAAUACUGAAAAUUGCAGAAGAAGCUAAAACACAUGAUUUACCGAUCUUGGAGAUAGCUCCCAACACUCAGCUACCUGGCUUUGAUGAAGUUGACUAUCAGAAGAAAAGUGAAAAUGGGAAUCGAAGGAGUAAUCUGUGCAAUGACAGCCGUCUUGUGAUUCCUAUAGCCGUGGCUCCUCCAGGAUGUUAUCAGCUCCCAGUGUACAAAGUGAGAAAAAGGCAUGGAGCUGAUCCUGUAGUGAGCAUUCAACCAGCAUCAAAGGUUCUGAGUUGGACUCAAGGUGACCACACAUCAGUAGUGAAAGCUUGUUCUAAUAUUCUUGAUGUUCUAAAGACAUCAGACACCUAUGCAGAUGGGACACAAACUACCUGUUUACUGAAGAAGCAAGUGAAUGAUGAAGAGUCUGGUAACAGCUCUGCCAUGGAUAAACAUGUUGCUUCUUUGUCAGAACACAAGAGAACAUUGGCAAUGAAGAGUAAGAAGAAAAAGAAUAUAUUAGCUCAUGCUCACCAUCAGGACGCUUACCCUACUCGUAGUGGCCACGUAUCUAUGAGAAUCCCAGCAGAAGGUAACCAGCAAGAAUAUAGAAAGCAAAGCAUGUAUCUAUCCGACAAUAGAAGAAUCCACAUUACUCAAAGGUUUGGCCAUGAGCGUCCAUUGGUUUACUCCACACUUACAGAUGAAGUUACAGACGUGAUUGAAAAGAUGGCCUCUGGAUGCCUGCCUGCUGCACAAGGGGAGCCAGAGGACAAUAGUAGCCCACACAUAAGUGAAGAGGAAUUGUUCCGCCAUUUUGCAAAACUACCGUGGCAAUACAGGGAACAUCGGCAACAUCACAACAGUAACAAGGAAAGAAAGGGACUAGAGCUAGGUCACCAACAAAUGGGUUACAGCUCACACAAGAACGCUUCCAAGGACACAUUGAUUGAGAGUGACAGCAGUGCAGGUGUGGAGGAAAUUUUCCAGAGUUUUGCAGGACAGAAUGAAUCUUUUGAUAGCCAGUUAUCAGGAUGCAGUGAGGAAGAAAUGGAGACAACAAACCUCAACAAAACAUUCAUCACAAGACGAAUGCGAAAGAAAGUUCAAAAGUCCACUAGUUUUGAAGAAGAGUUAGAAAUUACCACAGCGAUUUAUCAGAAAAAUGCAAGCUCUUCCAGAAGCUCAAGCAGUUUCGAUACUGAUGGUGUUGUAGAAGGAAACAGAAGCAAGGAUGAAGACCAGAGCAGUUGUACACCUUCAUCUGGUGUUGAUCAGACAGCAGAAAUUGGAAAAGUCACAGACUUUCACCUGAAUCAGCCAGGAACAUCAGAAGGACCACUGCAUAAAAAUGAGAUAUCAUUUUCUGAUAUCCAGGACCUUUCCUGUAUUCCAAGCGAUGAACAGUUCACCAACCAUCUGCUGCUAUCCAAAACGCCAUUAUCGACAAGUGCUCCUUUCAGUAACAGUACACCAUAUUCAAACAGUACAGGUCAUUCGCAGCAUCCUACUGAAUAUGAACCAAUGCCAGUACUUAAUAAGAUUUUAGAGACUUCUCUAUGGCCCAGUCCAGAGUCAAGUGCAAUAUCCCCUGGGACAUUUGCUACAGCUUGCGAUGAGACUGACAAAAUACAAUCCCCAACCACUGUGCCUGAAACUCAGCCCACAACAAGAAAAGCAGUUGGAUCUGUGACUACAACUUUCCUAUCGGAACCAGUUAGUGAAAAACUAUGUGCAGCGCCUCCCAGUUCCCUCACACCACGGACAGAUACUGUUGAUGGCCAAGUUGAGGAAGUGGCAAAGUUGUCAGAACUAGGGGUUCCCAGUGACACAUUGGCUGAGCUGCAGGUUGUUGCAAGUGGAAUGCCUGGAAUGUUGGACAAGAACAAACAGAAUCAAGUUGGAAAGGUGAAUCAAAUGCCAGAGGGAAUAACAUCAGGAGAGAUUGUUCAGGAGACUGCAGAGAAUCAGCAAGAGGAUGAGGCUUUGCAAGAGGUGAAGCAAGAAGCAAGCCAAGGCAUGUUGGAACAUCCCAGUGACUGGGAAAGGUGCAGCUUGCAGAAAUCCUUGGAAGAAACUGAGAGAGCUCAUUCUACAUUGGAUGGUGUUCUAGAGGAGAUAUUGGAACUGCAAAAUCAGCCAAAGGAAAAAAUAAACAAGAUGCAGACAAAUACAAAUAACUCAAAAGGAGAAGAGGACUUAAGUGUAUCACAGAAAGAAGAAUGCCCCGCUAACAUAAAUCAAACCAAUAUUUCAACUGCCGAGGGAGAAACAGAGGGCAUUACAGACAGCAGAAUAUCAAGAACUGGUGCUUCAGUUCCUCCUGCAGGUAGCCUUAGUGAAGAGAAUAGAAAUCAAAUCCAAAGAGCAAACUGGAACCAGCCUCACAGAGUCAUCAUUUUGGAUGAAACCAGGACUUGAUAUUAAAUUCCACAAGGAGGAAUUACAGUUUAAGAGAAUAUGAAGUACACUAUGC